CACUCUGCCAAAUAAUUGACCAAAGUAAACACAAGCUUGAGCGGUCACAAAGAGACAGGCAACCUGCAUGUCACCGAUGGGGACGCAUCACAACCUGGUGGCUACACAUCCACAAUCAAUUUGGUCACGUCGACACUAUCGACGCAACUGAAUGACAAUACUGCUUCAAACUUGUCGGUGUACAACGAUCAUCACGUCGCGCUCCAUCAACAGACAGAUUUUAACGACUCCUCCACGUCGUGAUGGAGACUCCGUCCGCUACAAAGGACAACCUCUUUAAGGUUUUCCUGCGACUCCGACCUCCUCCUGCCGGGGUCGCGCCUAGUGAGCGCUUUCUCACAGUUGAACCGCAGAGUUCGGAUUCGACAUCUUCUACGCCUACUCACGUCACGUUGACACCGCCCAGUAACGCGCGAAAGCAUGCGACGGAAAAGUAUUGCUUCACGCAGGUACUAGAGGAGGAUGCAUCUCAACUUGAUGUUUUCCAGGGCACUGGAGUAAUUCCACUUAUUGAGGGCGUGUUGGGACCUAAUGGGGGGGAUGGUACAGAUGCACUUUUGGCAACAUUGGGUGUCACCGGCGCGGGAAAGACACACACGCUUCUAGGCUCCAAGACGCAGCGAGGCAUGACCCAGCUGUCUCUUGAAGUGCUCUUUCGCUCUAUCGGCCAAAACAUCGCCAGUCCUGGCGCUUACCCACCGCUCGAGACCUCAGUCGCAGCUUACGAUGCGUCAGAGGCAACCAUUCUCUCUGCAUCUGCAUUCCUCGAGUCUGUCUUUGCCGAUCCGCAUGGCCCAUCGCGCUCGAACUCAAGAGCACCAACUCCCAUGAUUGGUGAAUCUGCAGCUCCGCCCCUGACGCCCCGUCGACUGCUCAACCGGCCAUCAUCAUACCCGACGAUCCCUGAUGUCGGUGCCAUCAGCGUCCCUUGCGAUCCUUCUGCCGAAUACGCUGUUCUCGUGUCGAUGUACGAAGUUUACAACAAUGCGAUUCACGACUUGCUUACACCUCCCAUCAGGUCUGCGGCCACAAAAGAGUACCGUCGCCGUGCUCUGCUUUUCAAGGCGACCGAACUGUCCCCCGACCGCAAGGUGGUGGCCGGACUGAAGAAGAUCCUCUGCACUAAUCUGCAACAGGCUCUUAUGGUCUUGGAAGCUGGACUUCAAGAGAGAAGUGUUGCAGGAACAAACAGCAACCGUACUUCUUCCCGAAGCCACGGCUUUUUCUGUGUCGAGGUCAAAAAGCGCAGGAAGAGCAGGAGACAAGGCCACAGUACCGAGGCUCCUUGGGCUGGCAGCACAUUCACCAUUGUCGACCUGGCAGGAAGCGAACGUGCUCGCGAGGCCAAGACUACGGGAGUGACGUUGGCAGAGGCCGGCAAGAUUAACGAAAGCUUGAUGUACUUCGGUCAAUGCUUACAGCUUCAGGCGACUGCUGGUAACUCAGCAAAGCCAACAAACCUCUCAUUCCGCCACUGCAAACUGACCGAGAUUCUAUUCUCCAACAACUUUGCUUCGAAUGGAUUCAGCAAGUCAUACUCGGCACGACGUGCUCCCCAGAAGGGCGUCUUGAUUGUCAACGCCGACCCUCAUGGUGAAUUUAGCUCCACGUCACAAAUUCUCCGAUACAGCGCCCUGGCUUGUGAGGUGAUGGCACCACGGAUACCUUCCAUCACCCAGACAAUCCUAGCAGCGGCGGCAAAGACGAUUCACCCGAACAACCAUAGGGAAGCCAACAACACGAUGCUUCUGUCAUCAUCGCCCAUAUCAUCGUCUCCUGCUGUGCAUCACAGGCCGUUCUUCCCCCCAGGCAGUGUGGCUGGCUCCUCGAACUCAGUACCUCAGUACAACGACAACAGCCCCAACAUUCAAAGAACAUUUUCGCCUGCCAGUAACUCGUCCUCGGACGAUCGGGCCACUAUGGAGGCUGCAGCGCUGGAGAUCGCGAGGCUAUCGGAAGAACUUGAGUACAUGCGACAGUCAUGCGAGACAGAACGGGCAAGGCGUGUUGAGGCAGAGGAUCAGCUGUUGUCGGUGGAGGACCGUCUAAUAGACCUUGAGCAGGAGAUUCGCGAAGACUGUGCAGCCGAGUUUGAGCAGCGGCUUGCCGUGGAGCUCGCGAGGUGGAAAGCCUCUAUGGAACUGGAGAAGGAACGAGGCGAGGAGCACUGGGAUCGCAAAAUCGAGGUCUAUGAGCGUGCUGCCAAUGUCCAGGUGCUUGCAACGGACGGCGAUGAGAACGAUGGCGACAACAAGGAAAAUGUCCUCAUCGAGAAUCUCGAAGAAGAGAACACCCGUCUGCGCCGUGAGGUUCAAGUGCUUAAGCGUGAGCUUCUAGGCCGGAGUCCGACCAAACGCAAGCCCCUGGCCGAGCGCGAUGAUCUGGCCACCGAGGAUAUGGCAGCGCCACACCAAACCGGAGACAGUCUACAUAGCAAGAUGGAACAGCUGAGAGUCAGCGAGGUUGGCCGUGCAAGCUCAACCUCCAACUCGAGUCGAGCCACGGUCCAGAGCACUGCCGGUGGCAGUCCCAGGAAAGUGCGCAAGCUGGUUGCCAAGCGGUGGGAUUUAUCUGCGGCCAACGAUGACGGUUUCUGAUCUUGCAGUUUGACUGCUCCUGACUAACAGCGUCCAUCUGGGACUCGAUUGCCCGGUUGGCAAAUGCGGUGUUGUUUUGAUCGAUUAAUGACCAUGUUCUAUGGAGAUGGUGGAUACCCCUUGCUCGUUACGGUUGUUUUCGUUGGUCUAGAACUAGUUCUUUGUUUAUACUUGCUAAUAACUCUCCUAUUAAUGCGGAUAUUACGGUACCAUGGGACACGUUUGCAUUGUUUUGUUGAGUUUUGCUUUGUCAAUGUCGGAAUAUAUCUUGCGAAGCCUUGG